UAUUACAACGGCAUUUUUUACUAGCAUUUUCAUAUAGACUUAAACAAUAUAUUUCCUUAUAAAAAGAAAUGUUUUACCCCGUCGAUUCUUUGAAAAGAGGUGGUAGAUUUUAUUUAUGUUGGGUUGCGGAUUCUUGGCCACAACGUUUUCAAGCCAUUAAUAAUCGUCAAAUUUGGUCUCAAGACAUUAGACGAAUAUGUCAUGAUCUACAAGAAGUAAUAUGUCAGGAAUCACGUCGUCCGUCGAAGAGAUUCUCUCUUCGGUUAACAUCACAACUUAUUCACGGAUUAGUAAUCUUGUAUCAUAGAAAAGUAAAUGUAUUAAUUGGUGAUCUUUGUAUGAUACAAGCUCAUGCAAUGCACAAUACUAACAAGAGGCGUAAAUGGGUAGAUCAAGUGAGAGUUCAUGACCCAAGAUCAGCUCAGAUACCCAGACUAGUUAUUGAGGAAGUCGGAGAUGAACAACAAGUAGAAGAACUUUUACAAAGAACUGGAAAUAUAGUAGUCUCUGUAGAAGAUAUAACAUUGCGAGAACCUACCCUACCUGAAAAUCGACCUAUUGAUGAUGGCUUCGGCGAAAUGCACUUAGAUCUGCCGGUGAUAAAUGAUAGGACGAUCGAAUUGAUGCUCGGCCCUGAUGGAAGUGCGGCACAACAGAGCGUUAUAGACCCUUGGGGUCUGUCGCCCGACCGGUUGAUCGAUCAGUUGAGGGUUGAUAAAUCUGCACAUAUGGAGAGGGCGUCGGAUCAUGACAUUUCUCUAUUCAAUAAAACCACCGGAGCCGAACUACAAGCCCCUGGUGACUUCGGCAAAGAAAUUCCCGAUAUCCAGUUACCCGAAAUACCCGAUCCCCAAGAAAUACAAAUGGAAAUGGUCCCACAUGAGAAUGAAAACCGAAAUAUGGAGGCUGAAGAUAUUUUAUUAGAAGAAAUUCCGAUCGAGGAAUACCAAGCUCAGCAACAUACAAGGAAACGCAAGCGCAUCGUAAUGAAGAUAGAUGAAUGUACAAAGUUAGGAAAUGCUUACAUGCGGUCUCGGGUUAACGAUAUUAAAGUGGAACAGCGGUGCCAGGAUCCGGCCUCCGAUAUAUCACGAAUACAAGUAUCCGUCCGACAAAUGUUACACCGUCCGACAUGCGCGGGCGCACGCAUCACGCACAAUCUAGGAUUUGUAAUCAGGAAGAUGUACUUGAGCAGCCUUUGCAAGUUAGACAGAUGUGACGUGGCUGAGGUACCAAUGAUACAAAGGCAACAUCAGGAUACAAUGAUGAUGGUAAAAGAAACUGAAGACCCUAUGCUAGCGCCUGUGAUUGAAGAACCACAGUUACUUGGCCGUGAACAGGCAAUUGUUGAUGCCGAUGUAUCUGUUUAUACUUCUGCGGUCGGACCAAAUGUUUCUGGUCUUGGGCCAAAUGCUUCCGCUCUUGGACCAAACGUUUCUGCUGCUGGAAGAAAUGAGACUUCCGUUGUAUCGGAUAUAGUUAUGGAGGAAGUUCAAGAUGUAUCAAUUUUACCCACUCAAAAGAUAUCGGAAGUGCAAGUUAAAGAAGUACCAUCUGCGCCUAAAAGACGUCGAACUAAUGGGACAAACGAAGCAAGACUCAUGAUAAAUACAGAUAAAGAGAACCAACCGCCCAACAAACAAUUGGACCAUCUCUCUGAAAUGCUCCACGAAGCUGGAAUUUCCGAUAUACCUGAAAUACAACCGGAAAGGGAAGUUGAGAAUAGUCUAAGGAAAAAGUCCAGCGAGAACAGUGAGACUCCUUUAGGAAGCCUCGAUAGGACAAAGGUGUCGUUGGGAGAUACUGACAGCUGCACAGAUUCACAAAGGAUGAUAAAGAAAGAUUGGGGAACAUUCAGCACUAUGGUCAGAAUAUUCCAGUGUAAAGCAGCAGGAUGUGAUCCUCUUAAUAUAAGGGUACUUCUCGAGCGGGGUCCGGUUUUACCCGGACAUGGCCGGCUAACCGCCGCUAAAUGCUUCAGCUCGUUAUUAAAACUUAAACAACAAAGAUUCAUACGCAUUGAGAAAAAUCCUGUUACCCUAGAAAUAGUGGAUAUCAAUCUAGGACCCAGAUUCGACAGAACUUGAUUAUAUAUUACUGUCAAAUGUGUAUUUAACUUUUAUAUUUUUAUUAAUUGUGGUCUUUUUUCUUUGUUCAAGUGCCCCUCCAUUACUGGAGGUUGGCCGUCAGUUUGUAUUUAUUGUGGUAGGAGUCACUAAAAUGUAACCAAAGUAAAUAUAAAUUAUAUUUCUUUGUUACUUUUGCCUUCUUAAUAGAUAUAUCAACAUUGGAUAGUUUAUUAGUUUUUUAAUAUUUUUUGUAAUGUGUUUUUGUAUGUUGUAUCUUGAAUAGUGGUCUUCUUUCAAGCGAGUUUCAAAUUAUACUUAUUUUUUAUAUUAUUUUUAUUUUCGAUAUGGUGGGGAAAACCAUUUUUUGUUAGUGUUUUAUACGUGUCUGGUACAUGUUCUACAAAAAUAUAAGGUUUCUGAA